AUGACGAGCAAAUACGCCUUCACCAAGGGCCUCAAGGAGCUACGCUUCCUCCACUGCCAGACGUCCGAGCACUCCAAUGCUGUACGAUCGUUCCUGACGCGCGCAUACCCAACCAUGAAGCACCACAAUCCUCAUACCCCGAUCAUGAUCCGAGAAGCGCUAGGCAUUGAACCUCGAGUAUACGCAAGAUACGAGUUUGGACGAGAAAAGGUGGCAGAUUUGAAAGGACUGGAUGCCAAGGCAAUUGAGGAUAAGGUCACUGCCCUGGUGAAGGAGCAAUAG